AUGGAUGGGACCAAGUACAGGGUCGAAAGAAUGCCAUCAGAGGAAAACCCUGUGGAGCCCUCUGACCAGGGACCCUCACCGCCCUCCAGCAGUGCAGGGGCCACAUCCACAGAAAGUCCUGCCCACGCUGACAAGCGGCCACGGGGCAGGCCGCGCAAGGAUGCUACCAUCCUUGCUCAGGCAACAUCGUCAUCCUCAUCCAAGAGUAGAAAAAAGGGGCGCACCAGAGCCAGGGUAUCUGUGGAUGAGGAGGAUAGCCUGGACGGGAGUGAGAUCACGGACCCCAUAGGCCCUAAGGACACAGAAGUUCAAGUCCAGCCACCAGAGAUUGUGGAGGUGGUACCCCCUGAGGAAGUGGACGAAGGCCCUCCAGCUGAGGUUUUACCUGAUGCAUUUGUCCCAGCAAAUACAAGCAGUGAGCGCCUCUGUGCCUUCUGUUACUGUGGUGCGCGUAGCCUCCUGGGUCAGGGGGAACUCCGCGGAUUUAGCGUCCCCUCUCUGCACGAUGAGACCAGUGUCGGUGAGAAAACUGUGGCCAGAGAAAUUGCCUUGGAUCGAAGGGAACAGCUUAAUGGACCGGACAGCCUUGAAGCAGAACCUGAGAGAGCCAACCGAUUUUGGGAUGAACUUUCUCAUGUUGGACUUCCUCAAAAUCUCAAUGUUCAUUCUCUUUUUGAGUCAGGCAAGUGCUGGGCGCAUCAUAGUUGUGCCUUGUGGUCCGAAGGCAUAUGUGGUAGCGAGGGACAAUCUCUGCUUAACGUGGAUAGAGCCAUUGACUCAGGGAGCACAAAGCACUGUGCAUACUGCAAGCGCCUUGGAGCAUCCAUCAAGUGCUGUGCCGAAGGAUGUGCUCAACUUUACCAUUACCCCUGUGCAGGGGCUGCCGGAACAUUUCAGGAUAUUACAAGUCUCUCUCUUCUCUGCCCAGAACACCUUGAUUUGGCCAUAGAGAAGUUUGUGGAUGAUGUAAAUUGCGUAUUGUGCGAUAGCUCCGGGGAUCUUCAAGACCAGCUUUUCUGCACCAGUUGCGGUCUCCAUUAUCAUGGGAUGUGCCUGGAUAUGGUGGUGACCCCUUUGAGGAGAGCAGGGUGGCAGUGCCCUGAGUGCAAAGUGUGCCAGACAUGCAAGAAUCCUGGAGAGGACACAAAAAUGUUGGUGUGUGACAUGUGUGACAAAGGAUACCACACCUUUUGUCUACAACCUGCAAUUGACUCUAUUCCGACUAAUGGUUGGAGGUGUAAGAAUUGCAGAGUAUGUGUCCAGUGUGGGACGCGGGCAAUUGGUCAGUGGCAUCAUACCAGCCUCAUGUGUGAGGUCUGCGCCCAGAACCAGGACCCCGCUCUCUGCUGUUCUGUGUGCGCCAGCACUCUAGACCCUGAACGCCACAAAGAUGCGCUAUCCUGUCACAUAUGUAAACGAUGGGUACAUAUGGAGUGUGAGCAUCAGAACUCAGGCCAAGCAGAAAUCUACUCCAGAGAAGACUACGUUUGUUCCAAUUGCAGGCCUCCUGCUGCAGAGCGGGUGACCCAAGCAGAGGACAUGAAGCUGGGCCCGGAGCUCAGCCCACAGCCAUCCCCCAUGCACACAGACUCUGAGUCGGAUCCACAGCUGGCCCCAAAGCACACGGACCUACAGCCCUUUUCUCACACCCCUCCCGAAAUGCACAAUGACCCCCCUGAGGAACUAGUCCCAAAGCCUGCACAGGGUGCACUCUCAGAGAAGCCGUUCAUUCCAUCCUUUACCCCUGACUCACAUCCACAAACCACAUCUCCUGAGCAGCCCGUCUCACCCACAGGUCAGAGGCAGGACAGUGUACCUGAGCCACAAGUGACCCCACACUCACACCCUCAGUCUCCGUUCAUUCAUUCAAUGGGAGAUUGUAGUAUUCAUCCAACUACACUCAUACCACUCACUCCCAAGAUUGGAAUGGGCAAACCGGCUAUUACCAAGAGGAAGUUUUCUCCAGGACGACCACGGGCCAAACAGGGUGCAUGGAGCCCCCAUAGCAGUGUGAAUUCCCCCUUGUCCUGGUCCCCUGACCAGCACGAGGGGUGGGACAUCUCAAAGACCAGGCAAUCCUCAGGCUGCCCAAGCUGGAGCGUCAGAGUGGGUCGCGGUUCAGGCUUUCCAGGUAGGAGAAGACCCAGAGGUGCUGGACUGUCUGGACGUGCUGGACGCGGCCGGGCUAGAGGAAGAAAUCUUGCCAGUCCCAGCUUCAACCCUGGGAUCACUUCAAUUGAAACAUCAUAUCCAAUCAAAGAGGAGGAGGAAAGUGCCAUGCACAAUACUGUUGUCAUAUUCUCCAGUAAUGACAGCUUCACAUUGAAACAGGACAUGUGUGCGGUGUGCGGAAGCUUCGGUCUUGGUGCUGAGGGCAGACUUUUGGCCUGUGCUCAAUGCGGUCAAUGCUAUCAUCCAUUCUGUGUAGGCGUGAAGAUGAACAAAGUGGUUUUGAGUAAAGGAUGGCGCUGUCUGGAGUGCACUGUGUGUGAAGCUUGCGGCCAGGCCACAGACCCUGGCCGACUGCUUUUAUGUGAUGACUGUGACAUCAGCUAUCACACUUACUGCCUGGAUCCUCCACUACAGAAUGUGCCCAAGGAGAGCUGGAAGUGCAAAUGGUGUGUGACAUGCACGCAGUGUGGUGCCACUACACCAGGUUUGAGGUGCGAGUGGCAGAACAAUUACACUCAGUGUGCCCCCUGUGCCAGCCUCAGCACAUGCCCCAUCUGCCUGUUGGACUACAGCGAAGGCACGGUCAUUGUGCAGUGCCGGCAGUGUGACAGAUGGUUUCAUUCUUCUUGUCAAGGUCUUCAUUCAGAAGAAGAUUUAGAAAAAGCGGCUGAUAGCUGCUUCGAUUGCACAAUGUGUAGAACAUUCAAGACCACUAAAACAGUUAUGACUAAGACCAGAGAUGCUAUUGAACCUCUUCUUAUGACACAAAUAUUCACAAAGGCUAAAGAAAUGGAUCUUUCGAGAACCUAUACCCAAGAUGGAGUGUGUCUGACCGAGUCAGGCCUGUGUCAGCUCCAGAGCCUUUCUGCAACUGCCACUCGUCGGCGAAAGCCUAAACCUAAGCUUAAGUUAAAGAUAAUCAACCAGAACAGUGUAGCUGUGCUGCAGGCGCCCGUAGACCAUCUUUCUGAGCACUCGCGCGAUGAAGACAUGGAGGACAACAGAGGCCCCAGUGUUGAGGCACAGGGGCCCAGUUGGGGAUUUCUCUGGAGUAGAGCUGUCACUCAUCAUCACUGCUCUCUCACAGAGGCGGAGGUUUUAGAUUGUGAAGCAAAGUCAGACUCAAGCCUCGAGCGGGAGCCAGUAGAAGAUGACUCCAAGGGAGCCGACGGUAGCAAGAAGCGGAAGAGGAAACCGUACCGGCCGGGCAUUGGCGGGUUUAUGGUCCGCCAGAGGAGUCGUCCUGGACAAGGUCCAGGAAAAGCUAAGCGCACUCUUUGUAGAAAAGAUUCCACGGGUUCUGUGUCAGAAACCCCCACCGGAAAUGAUGGAUGGACAGAAGGUUUGCCUGAUACUCCUGUGGAUGAGAAUCCUCCUGGAUCAGAGGUUCCUGAGAAAAUAAAGAAGAGAUACAGAAAAAAGAAGACAAAGUUGGAGGAGGCCUUUCCCACCUACCUUCAGGAGGCAUUCUUUGGAAAGGACCUGCUGGACAAAAGCAAACAAAGUAGGCAACAGCGGACAGAAUCGGGUUUUCUGGAAGACGGCCAAAGUCAAGUGGAAAGAAGGCGUCCCCCCACCUUCCAGAGCCGACCAUCAAAUGCAGCUCUUACUACACCUGACAAUAGCAGGGAUACAGAGGCCUCUGAGGAGCCUUUAGUUGAUCUGUCUGAUGUUUUGAACUCUGAUGCAGACAUCUUGGGAAUGCUGGGAAAGACAAGCAGUGAUUCUGGUCUUGAUUUUUGCUCCUUCCAGGUUGAUGGCUCACCACCUUCUUUUGUUGGUCUGGACAUUGGGUCCACAUCUAGUAGUUCUCCAGCUGCCCAACAAUCUCAGGGUGGUCGCAGAACUCCUCGUAAUCUCUCUGAAGAACCUCUGGAUGGAAUCCUCAGUCCUGAGCUUGACAAGAUGGUCACUGAUGAAUCAAUUCUAAGCAAGUUCUACAAAAUCCCAGAGCUGGAAGGAAAGGAUGUUGAAGACCUAUUCACUGCUGUUCUCAGCCCCAGCACAAGCCAACCACCUCCACCACAGGUGCCUCAUCACCAGGCUACAGGCCAACAUUCUGCCACUUCAGGAUUGAACAUGCCACACCAAAACAUGGGUACUUCCAUGUUCCCACGUAUGCCGAUAGUCAAUGGUGUAAUGGGACCAAAUCAGCAUUUUUCUGGAAAUGCAACAACGGGACCUUGCAUCCCAGAAAAUCUCCCACUGAAUCGCAUGCCUUUUUCAGACAAUCCCAGAGACAGAAAAUUUAAUCAUAUAUCCAGAGAUGCUGGGCAUUGGGCAUCCCCUCCCCAUGGGUUUGGUCAGACACCUCCUGUGUCACUUUCAGAAGGAGAGACUGAAGCCAUGUCAAAUGCCCAGAAGAGUACACUCAAAUGGGAGAAAGAUGAGCCACUUGGAGAGCUUGCCACCGUUGCACCUGUCCUUUAUACCAAUGUGAAUUUCCCCAACCUCAAAGAGGAAUAUCCAGACUGGGCGACAAGAGUAAAACAGAUUGCAAAACUUUGGAGGAAAGCUAGUUCUCAAGACAGGGCUCCGUAUGUGCAAAAAGCAAGAGAUAACCGAGCUGCCCUGCGCAUCAACAAAGUCCAGAUGUCCAAUGAGACGGUGAAGAGGCAUCAUCCACAGCAACAGCCUCCAGAGGUGUUUGAUCCCACCAUACCACUAGACACAGAUCUGCUGUUUAAAGACCCUUUGAAACCAAAAGAGUCAGAGCAUGAACAAGAGUGGAAGUUUAGACAGCAAAUGCGUCAGAAAAGUAAGCAGCAAGCCAAAAUUGAAGCCACACAGAAACUAGAGCAAGUUAAAAAUGAACAGCUCCAACAGCAGCAACUUCAGCAACAUCUUGGUUGCCAGUCCGAAGACGGCAACAACAGUGGGAACCAGAGUCCAGCCUCGCAGCCCAGCAAUGGGAGCUUGUCCCCAAUGCAACCACUCUGCUCUAAAGAAGGCUUCGCCAGGCCACAGCUCCCAGAAAACCCCACCUCAGGGCCAGAGGAUGUGUUUCUCAGACCACCUCCUCCGCCCCCAUCUGGGCACCUGUCUCAGCCUCAGUCCCCACAGGUCUUCUCUCCUGGGUCCUCGGGCUCUAGGCCUUCGUCUCCUUGGGACCCAUAUGCAAAGAUGGUUGGAACUCCACGACCACCACCAGCACUGGGGUCCAAUGCAUGUCGCAGACUACCUGUUGAAUCUGUGUGGUAUCAUCGCACGAUCCAGAUCUGGCAUCUAACAACCCAUCUGUGCCUGGUACAGCAUCAGAGGCCGACGGGGAAAGUGAAGAACGACUCAGACAGCGACAAAGAAUACGAGAACUUCUUAUCAAGCAACAGCAGCAACGGAAUGCAAAUCGUCAAGAAAGAGGCCCACAAGAGGCAGGCAAUAUACCACCUAGAAUGCCUCGACCCUGGCCUCAUGAGGGUCAUGGGCAGCAAGGGGAAAGUUUCAACCGGCCUCCCCCACCAUCAGCGUGUUUUAUUCAAUAAUGAUGGACAUGUACUACGUGGACCGCAUCCUGCGGAUCCAAAUUUUCGACAUCAAGAACUGAGGUUUUCAUUUCCAUCUGGUGCUAUGGGACAUCAAGGAGCUCAGGAGUUCGUUCCUCGGGGGCAACACCCAGUGCAGAAUAUGCCUCCACACAUGAGGCGUGACACAUCUAUGGGAGACUAUGCAUCAGACCCCCAACUUGAGACUCGCUCCUGUACUGACCAAAGUGGUCUGAACCAGGCUCAACAGGCAAAUGGAAAUGCAGCCAUGGGCCAUCGUCCCCUCUUGCUGGAAGAGCAGCCUCUCCUCUUACAGGACCUUCUCGACCAAGAGAGGCAAGAACAACAGCAACAAAGACAGAUGCAAGCCAUGAUCCGACAACGAUCCACUGACUCCUUUUUUCCAAAUAUUGAUUUUGAUGCCAUCACUGAUCCUAUAAUGAAGGCAAAAAUGGUCGCUCUUAAAGGAAUUAAUAAAGUCAUGGUUCAGAACAACAUGGGCAUGUCCCCGAUGGUCAGAUUUCCUGGCCCUUUACCCCCUUGUCCUGAAAGUGCCCCACUUCCUCCUCAAGUAAUCGGACAGGAUGGACAUUUGGCUCAAGCCUCAAGACCAAAUCCUCCAAACUUUGGAACAGGGUUUGUCAACCAUGCUCAAAGGGCUCAAUAUGAAGAGUGGCUCCAGGAGACACAACAACUACUUCAAAUGCAACAAAAGUUUCUAGAAGAAAAGAUAGGCGCACACCGAAAAUCUAAAAAAGCCCUGUCUGCUAAGCAGAGAACAGCUAAAAAGGCGGGAAGAGACUUCCCAGAGGAAGACGCAGAGCAGCUCAAACAUGUCACAGAGCAGCAAGGCGUUGUACAGAAGCAGCUGGAGCAGAUCCGAAAGCAGCAGAAGGAACAUGCAGAACUAAUAGAAGAAUACAGAGUAAAACAGCAGCAGAACAAUAUGCCUCCCUUGAUGGCUGGAAUGCAUCCAGUUCCUGGGCCACGCGGUAUGGUCCCUGGUGGUCCUCCAAUCGGUCAGCCAGUGAUGAACCCCAUGAUGCAAAUGCCAACCCAUCCUGGACAGCCGAAUUUACCUUCACGCAUGCCCAAACCUCCGCUGGGCUGGAGCCCAGGAGCACCUAUACCAAUGGGGGCUCCAGGAAUGACUCCUUUAAUGCCUCCACAAGUCCCUGUGGGGACCUCUGCACCACCUCAUCAGAUGCCAAUGGGGCCGAUGCCUCAGCAUGCACAGAUCCCAAUGGAUCCUCAAGCUGCACCUGGAUCUGCUGCUCUGAAGUCCAUGCAGCCUAGUAGCGAAGUAAAGUUUGAUGACAAUAACCCGUUCAGUGAAGGGUUUCAGGAGCGAGAAAGGAGGGAGAGGCUAAGGGAGCAGCAAGAGCGCCAACGGGUACAGCUCAUGCAAGAGAGCUGCCUCAGGAGUUUAUGUCUCCACAGAGACCACCUUUACAACAUCAACAGCCAAUGUUCUCCCCACAGCAAGGAGCUGGAAUUGGGUCUCCACCAGGAGUUUUCAUGCAAGCUGAUAGACGAGGCCAGAUGGGAAAUGGAAUGA